GUAGUAUACAUGGUUUUCUUAUUAUACGAUAAUGCUUGGAGCUUGAUUUACGGUGUUUGGUUCAAAUAAAUGCGAGAAGCACAUGACGUUUUAUUAACCCGGAAAUAACAGUCGGUAAGACAGCUGAGAGAGAGAGAGAGAGAGAGAGAGAGAGAGAGAGAGAGAGAUCUAAACCCUUCUCCCUGGAGCUUAUAGCGUGCUACCUGGACUCCAUACGUGUUUUACAUCGCUUCACAAUCAAAGAUUGUUAGUAUUUCUGUAGGAUUGCGACCUUGGCGAGUGCCUGGAUAGGCCUCCCUUCUGUCACCUCCUCUGCUUUUCUGCUGGUACAUUAUUAUGGGGAACCUCCUUAAAGUUUUGACAUGCACAGAUCUUGAACAAGAGCCCAACUUCUUCCUCGAUUUUGAAAAUGCCCAGCCAACAGAAGCAGAGCGGGAAACGUGGGACGAAGUGGAUGUGGUCCUGAAGGAUGCACUGGGAAUACUUGACGAACUACAGGCAUAUAAAGGCGCGGGCCAAGAGAUACGAGAGGCAAUCCAGAACCCUAAUGACGAGGCAUUACAAGACCAGGCGUGGGCUGCUGUGGUGCCACUAGUAGGCAAACUAAAGAAGUUCUACGAAUUUUCACAGAGAUUAGAAGCAGCGCUGCAUAGUCUUUUGAGAGCACUCACUAGUGAGACAUACGAUGACCCCACACAGCAUCUGGAGAGAGAGCAAGCCCUUGCCAAACAGUUCGCUGAGAUCCUGCACUUCACACUGCGCUUUGAUGAGCUCAAGAUGACAAAUCCUGCCAUUCAGAAUGACUUCAGUUAUUACAGGAGGACCCUGAGCCGCAUGAGGAUCAAUAAUGUUCCUGCAGAGGGAGAAAACAAGGUGAAUAAUGAACUGGCCAAUCGGAUAUCUCUAUUUUAUGCUGAUGCCACACCCAUGCUAAAGACAUUAAGUGAUGGCACAACAAAAUUUGUAUCUGAGAAUAAAAACUUGCCUAUUGAAAACACAACAGAUGUAUUAAGCACCAUGGCGAGCGUGUGCAAAGUUAUGUUGGAAACCCCAGAGUAUCGCAGCCGCUUCAGCAGUGAGGAGACCGUUUCCUUCUGUCUGCGUGUCAUGGUGGGGGUCAUUAUCCUCUACGACUACGUCCAUCCCGUCGGCGCAUUCGCGAAGUCCUCCAAAAUAGACAUGAAAGGCUGCAUUAAAGUGCUCAGAGAUCAGCCACCAAACAGUGUAGAAGGUCUUCUAAAUGCUCUCAGGUACACAACAAAACAUCUUAAUGAUGAGUCAACCACUAAGACCAUUAAAAGCAUGCUGCAGUAGCAACAAAACUCUGGGACACACCACUGGCCUCAAGCAGAUGCUCAGGAGAUGCACAUACCUGUACACUCUCUCUCCUGGACUAAAGCGAUGCACAGAAUGUUUUUCCUUUUUUUUUUUUUUUUUUUAUUAAACCGGAAAAAAAUCAGACAAAAGCUUUCCUUGUCUUUUUACAAAGCAGAUGCUACUGGCGUUAUGUGUGGUUUUCUGUGCCAAAAUGGUUUUGCUGAAAUCCCUUGUUUUUAAUGUUCCUGAAAGACAGCCAUGCUACUGAUGGCAGCUAUGAAAGCAUUGUUAGAUUAUAUUUGUGGUAAAUGUUUCCCUAUAAAGGGAGGGUGAGUGUUUUGACUUGAAUAUAAAAUAUCUAUAUAUUAUCUAUAUGAUCUAGAUACAAUUAUAUAAAAA